AUGAGUACUACUAACACUCCUAUUACUCCAGUUGGAAAGCAAUCUGCUCCACAGAGUGAUACUGCAAAUGAGUCUGAAGUAGAAGACAAAGUGAUCGUUGAACCAGCAAAUGUGGCGACAACGCCCUUCUCGAACGAUGAUAUCCAAGUAAUCAGUUCGUUAGUCUGGGUCAAAUACAACACUUCAAAACGAAAGGAAAUUCGAGACUUUCUCAAUUCGGCAGGUAUUUCUACAUGGGGCAAAUUAGAAGGAGGCGAUUUUUCUGAAAUUGAAUUUGAUCCCAACAUUAAUCCCUUCACAAACCUCAAGAAACAAAUGACCCGCCAACGUUUUAUCAAGGUAUUGACUUAUGCUGCCUUGACAAAACAACGACUCAGUUCCUCGCUAACUUUCAGUGAAGUCAACAAAACUCUGAAAGAAAUGUCCUCAACACCAAGCUCUCCGACCGAUUCAUCAAGUUCAUCCUCCAGCAAAUCUGGAACCGACAAUCGCCCGUUCAAACUACAAGUUCCCGAUCUACCGGCGUUCUCUGGUCGCACUGAUCAGUAUCCAGGUUGGAAACGGAAGAUAAUGCAUGAACUUGGCAAACGAGCUCUUUGGAACGUCCUUGAUUCCGAUGAUUAUCAUGCCAAGAACCCCCAAAUUUCUGAAGCAAUCUUUAGCGCAAUUGCUGCUGCUUUAUCUGAUGGGCUUGCAUCUCCAUUGAGCAAAGAAUUGGAAUCUGCAAAGGAAUUCAACGCAAGAAAUUGUAUCUUGUCCUUGAAAAGAGUUUUAAUACUCCUGCAAAUUGAGCGAACUACGUUGUCCAUGCAGUUAAAGAUUUGA